AUGAUGGUGGUUGAUGGUUGCCUUGUUAUUGAGUUCAUGCUCGGAAGGACAUACAGCAAGAUUCUUCGGAAUGAUCCUCUGUCCCAAAGUUCAUGGAUGCGCACCCCACUUAUAUCAGAUUUGUUUCUACGGGAAAACCAGUUGCCUUGGUUAGUUCUUGAUUGUUUAUUCCAAUAUCUUGUAAAAGAAAAUGCUGACGAUGAACCUGUUGGAAAGCAUAAGUUUCUGUCUGAGCUUACUCUCAAAUUUUGUCAGUUGCACACCAUGCGUUUUCUAAAGCCAAUUGAUGGAGCAUCCGAAAUCAGGCAUUUACUUGACCACAUAAGAAUUGGUAUAGUUGGACCAGAAAAGCUAACCUUCAGUUCACGUCGUUAUUUGGUUCCCUCUGUGACAGAACUCCGGCAAAUUGGAGUCAUAUUUAAACGUGGAGACAUGUCUGCUUGCCACACACUCAACAUAGCCUUCCACAAUGGAGUGAUGGAGAUUCCGGAAAUAUGUAUUGGCAAUAAUUGA